GUUGCUUCACUUGGAAAGCUGUGCAGGUCAAGAGCCAUCCAAUUGGUGCGGCAUAGCGAUCUCUUUUUCAAACCCCUCCAACAUCGUUGACCGCGCCCAAAACACAUCACAAUGGUAAUCACUAAGUCUUCCUCCAUUUUGAUUGUUGGUGCGGGCACCUGGGGCUGCUCUACUGCCCUACACCUGGCUCGCAGAGGCUACACCAAUGUGACUGUCCUGGAUCUUUACCCUGUCCCCUCCGCUAUUUCUGCAGGAAACGACGUCAACAAAGUCAUUUCUUCCGGCCAAUACAGCAACAGAAAAGAUGAGAUUGAGGUGAACGAGCUUCUGGGAGAACAAGCGUUCCAAGGAUGGAAGAACGACCCUCUCUUCCAGCCCUACUACCACGAUGUCGGCCUCCUCAUGUCGGCGUGCACAUCAGCUGGCCUGGACCGCCUUGGUGUCCGAGUAAGGCCCGAAGCCGACCCGAACUUGGUGGAGAUGUCGCGGCCAGAACAAUUCCGUGAUCUUGCUCCUGCUGUGCUCAAGGGAGAUUUCCCGGGGUGGAAGGGUUACUUUCUUCGCUCCGGUGCCGGCUGGGCUCAUGCCCGGAAUGCUCUCGUCGCUGCCGCCAGGGCAGCACAGAGACUUGGUGUCAAGUUCGUUGCUGGUUCUCCGGCAGGCAGAGUCAUCACCCUUAUUUUCGAGAACAAUGAUGUGAAGGGUGCCGUUACUGCUGAUGGCAAAAUCUGGCGUGCGGAGCAGACGAUCCUGUGUGCGGGUGCAAGUGCCGGGCAGUUCUUGGACUUCAAGGACCAGCUGCGCCCAACUGCUUGGACGCUUGUACAUAUCGCUCUGAAGCCUGAGGAGCGCGCACAAUACAAGAACAUGCCCGUCAUCUUCAAUAUUGAAAAGGGCUUCUUCUUUGAGCCGGAUGAGGAGCGCGGGGAGAUCAAGAUCUGCGAUGAGCAUCCGGGAUACACAAACAUGGUUCGAUCACAAGAUGGGAAGCUGCAAAGUCUUCCCUUCGAGAAGACACAAGUGCCCCUGGAAUCCGAGAAGAGGGUUCGCGCGCUUCUCAGAGAAACUGUGCCUCAAUUGGCAGACCGUCCGUUCAGCUUUGCGAGAAUCUGCUGGUGCGCAGACACCGCUAACCGCGAAUUCAUCAUUGACCGUCACCCACAGCACAAAUCACUGAUUCUGGGAUGUGGCGCUUCUGGCAGAGGCUACAAAUACCUACCGUCCAUCGGGAGUCUGAUUGUCGAUGCCAUGGAGGGUAAAGUUCCUCAGAAGGUCCACGAUCUCAUCAAAUGGAGCCCAGAGAUUGCUUCGAAUAGAAACUGGAGCGACACUCUGGGACGAUUUGGAGGCCCCAAUAAGGUGAUGGACUUCCACGAUGUCAAGGAAUGGACCAGUGUACAGCAUAGGGACAUUUCCAAAUUGUAAGAAUAGGUAUGAGUAAUGAAUAUCCAAAAUUGACAACAUUGAGCG